CAGCACUAAUUGUCUGAAAGCUUGCUCUUCAUACUUGAGCAAAUUUGCAGAAUCCAACUCUUGUUAAGCAAAAAUUCUUACAGAAUAUGAAUAAAAUCGGGGGUUUAUCACAGUCAGAUGGAUCAAGCGAAUGGAAACAAGGCUCUACACGUGUAAUUUGCAAUGUGAACGGUCCAAUUGAGAUAAAAAUUCGUGAUGAAAAACUAAACAAGGCUUCGGUGGAGGUUUUGGUUCAACCCAUGAAUGGAGCUUCUGAAACACUCGAAAGAAUGCUUUCCAAUAGAAUAUCUAGUCUUUUAGAAGACGCCAUUUAUUUAACCACAUACCCUAGGACAUUAAUCCAGGUAUCUAUACAGGUUGUGGAAGGAAACUCAAAGGAUACACUAGCAGCUGCAAUUAACGGAGCUACAUUAGCACUUUUAGAUGCAGGUAUUUCUUUAAAAUAUCUUCCAAGUGCGAUUACAUGUCACUGGAAAGAUCCGCUUGGCUUAAAGGAAGAGAAGAAUGUAACGGCAGAAGAACCAACCGAGACCAUGCAUUCCAUAAUCACCCUGGCCUACAGUGUAACUCGAAGGGAGAAAAAAUUAAUUCUCGUUGAAACUUCGGGGACAAUUCCUGACGAGGAGUUCUUUUUGGUCUUAGACAAGUCGCCUGUACAUGCUGAUCAAAUCACCCAAGAAAUGAAAACGCUGUUCAUGAAUGCUUAUAACAGAGAAGUUUCCGUUGGCGACAACAAGGAGCAAGAAGAAAACGACGUGAAAAUGGAAGAAUAAAGAAAGCAGCGAUAUUUGUAUAGGAGAUUUUCACUUGGUUUUCUUACCGAACAGAACAAAACAAAACAAACAUCCGCGAGUCAUCGAUCAGUUUUUGGUCAUUUUGGAUUUUUCAGUUUAUUACUACUUUUUAUUUUUGUCGAUGAUUAGAUUCUAUUAAUGAAAUGGAUAGGGAUUCUUAGGACUGGAAAAUAGACUAUAAGUACCACCAA